AUGGACGCCCUCAAAAAUAUCAUCGCCAACGUGCCCGACUGGCUCAAGCGACUCGACGACCUCGGUACCCAGAUUGACCAGCGGCAAGCCGAGCUCGCGGCAUUGGGUGUCAGUUCGACCAAGUCUAUCAAGAACCGUGGAUCCACCGAGUCUUUGAAGCCCAAGGACGUGGCGGAUGCCGAUGUUUCUCGUGACGCCGAUCAAGUCGGCGAUGCGAGGGAAACGACGCCACCACGAGAGGACAAGCAGGACGCAGCACAACCGCCGAGCCCAAAUGGCAGCAACACCCCGUCGGCCAUCCAGCGACAGACGCAGCAGGCCGUAGCCGUCGCCCAGGCUCGGGCCAGAGCCCAGGUCAAAAAGCGACAUCGCACCGACUCGAUCAUUUCUGCCGAUAACGCUCCAGCAAAGUACCGAACACGCACCAUGAUUAUCGUCUACUACGACAGCUACGUGCAAAGCUUCUUCGAGGAGCUGGUCAAAUUUGUGUCCGCCAGCCGUAACCUGAUGCGAAAAGCCAAAAUGGCAGCCAAGGUGGCUCAGAUCCGACGGCUCGCCGAGCUCCAGUCACCCGAGGAUGACGAGGACGGUACGGGUGAACUCAAGCCAGGGUCCGCAGCCGAUGGCGAGAACAACGAUCCUCUGCCCUCACUCAGGUAUAUGAGCACACGACGAAUGGGCGGCGGACCUCGCCUUCCUGGUUCCUCGCCAUAUUCUCGAAACUCCCCCGGUGGUCUUCUCGGAGAGCAAGAAAAGGACGCAUACGACGAUCUGGAUAAGGGUCUUGAAUUCGUCCAGUCCAUGUGUGAGCACGCUGCUCACCAGUUCCUUCGGGACGGAGACUGCACAGAGGAGAUUGGAAAGAUCAAGAAACGACUAUCAGAUAGCAAGGUUCUGGCUGACAAAGAGAUGGCACGAGUUGAGCGGGAAGAUCCUGCACUCCUCAAAGAAUCAGGCGAUGCGGGCAAAGCACGAACUCUCCGUCCAGCGAGCAUGAGACGAGAGCUGACGCCGGUCAAAGACCGGACGACACCCGCCUCAUCGCCCAUGAAGCUCGAGGUUGAUGACAUGUUGGUGGCGGAGAAGCCAGUCCCAGUCGUCGCCACCAAAGUAGUCGCACCAGAUGUCAAGUUGGAAGCUGACAACGACCCGCUCGAGGCUGACGACGACGAGGGUGUCGAGGACAUGGAAAUCCCUCCACCGAAACUUCAAUAUCGAUCAACGAGGAUGAUGAGGCGGUCGGCUGUUUGA